AUGAAGAUAUUUGAGCAUGAAGAUGAACACGGCAUUGUUGCUACUGUAAUUGUAAAUGCAGUGCUUGAGAAUAUUAGAGAACAUUUCCAGUCUUCUGAUGCCUGCAUUUAUUUUGAUGGAAUACCACAGGUUUACUAUUUUGGCCCAUGUGGCAAAUAUAAUGCUCUGGUGCUAGAACUACUUGGACCUAGUCUGGAAGAUUUAUUUGACUUGUGUGGUAGGGCAUUUUCUCUUAAAACCGUUCUUAUGAUAGCGAUACAGUUGAUUUCUCGUAUGGAAUAUGUCCACUCAAAGAACUUGAUAUACAGAGAUGUAAAACCUGAGAACUUCUUAAUAGGACGACCUGGAAACAAAACCCAGCAAAUUAUUCAUAUUAUAGAUUUUGGUUUGGCAAAGGAGUAUAUAGAUCGAGAAACAAAGAAGCACAUACCAUAUCGGGAACACAAGAGCCUUACAGGAACAGCUAGAUACAUGAGUAUAAAUACACAUUUAGGAAAAGAGCAAAGUAGAAGAGAUGAUUUGGAAGCUUUAGGUCAUAUGUUUAUGUAUUUUCUCAGAGGAAGCCUUCCAUGGCAAGGUUUAAAGGCUGAUACAUUAAAAGAACGUUACCAGAAAAUUGGAGACACAAAACGAGCAACCCCUGUAGAAGUAUUGUGUGAAAACUUCCCAGAGGAAAUGGCUAUAUAUCUACGUUAUGUAAGAAGGCUGGAUUUUUUUGAAAAGCCAGACUAUGACUACUUAAGAAAGCUCUUCACAGACUUACUUGAUCGGAAAGGUUAUAUGUUUGAUUAUGAAUAUGACUGGAUUGGCAAACAGUUGCCUACUCCAUUGCGUUCAAUACAUUCAAACCCUACACUGUCUUCAAACAGAGAAGCAUGUCAGCACAGAGAUAAAAUGCAACAACCUAAAAAUCAGUCAACAGACCAUAGGGCAGCUUGGGACUCACAGCAAGCCAAUCCACAUCAUUUGAGGGCUCACCUAGCAGCUGGCAGACAUGGUGGCUCGGUACAGGUAGUGAGCUCAACAAAUGGGGAACUGAACACAGAUGACCCAACUGCAGGCUGUUCAAAUGCACCCAUCACAGCUCCUGCAGAAGUAGAAGUAAUGGAUGAAACAAACUGCCAGAAAGUGUUGAACAUGUGGUGCUGCUGUUUUUUCAAGCGGAGGAAAAGGAAAACCAUUCAGUGCCACAAAUGA